AUGGCACCUGCACCUCUUCGUACACUCGGUAAAAAUGGACCUGCUGUUACGCCAGUCGGCUUGGGUCUAAUGGCCAUCGGAGCUCACUAUGGGGCUCCGUCUACCCAAGAAGAAGUAGACACGCUCUUGACCCAUGCCGUAAAAGUUGGUGCGAGGUUCUGGGACACAUCCGAUGUGUAUGGCGAUUCCCAGAACAAGAUUGGGAAUUGGCUCGCCCAUAACUCCGACCAGCGCAAGAACAUCUUCCUCUGCACGAAAUACGGCUACUGCCGCCUCCCCACCGAGAACACCUUCUCCGGUGCCUGCUCCGACCCAGCAUACGUCCCGCAAGCCCUCGAAGCCUCGCUCGCCGCGCUCCAGACGGAUUACAUCGACCUCUACUACCAGCACCGCGUUGACCCAAAGGUGCCCAUUGAGGUCGUCCUCGAGUCGUUGAGGCCAGCAGUCGAGAGCGGGAAGGUCCGCUGGCUUGGGCUCUCGGAGUGUAGUGUUGACACAUUGAAACGCGCGAAGAAGGUGAAAGGGCUGGGGGAGAAGGUCAUUGCGGUGCAGUUGGAGUAUAGCCCGUUCACGUUGGAUGUGGAGAAGAAUGGGAUGGCGGACGCGUGCAAGGAGCUUGGUGUCAGUUUGGUCGCAUACAGUCCAUUGGGAAGAGGGUUGGUCAGUGGAAGGUACCGGUCUCGAGCUGACUUGGACCCCCAAGACGGGCGUCUCUGGCUGCCCCGUUUCUCAGAGGAGAACUUCCACAAGAACCUCCUCAUCGUCGACAAGCUUAAGGCCGUCGCCGACAGGAUCGGCUGCACCCCAUCCCAAGUUACUCUUGCUUGGAUCCUUGCCGAACAUCCCGACUGGGCUGUCAUCCCUGGCAGCCGUUCCAUCGACCGCCUCGAAGAGAACACGAAGGCCAGUGAAGUCGUCUUGUCGCCGGAGGAUGUCAAGCAUCUCCGCAAGCUGGUAGAGGAGGCUGAGGUCGCUGGGAAUCGGUACAUGGAUAGUCUCAUGGGCGAGACGUAUGCGAACUCGUUGCCGCUUGCUGAGUGGAGGGUGUGA